AUGGCUUAUCAGCAGCUGGACACUCGUAAUAAUAGUAGUGUCAUUGAUGACUAUCGAAAAUCAAUCAUGAAUCCGCCCAAACCAUCCAAAGAUAAAGAAUCACCAGGAACCAGUUCUUCCAGUCAAGUUACUUUUGCUGGUAUCAAAUCUGCAAGUAAAAAAGACUUGCGUGGCGGUCGUAUCCGAGCCGAAGUUGUAAGUAGAUAGUUUAGAAAUCUUUUUUGCUUUUUUCUUUUUUGUCUUUAUCUCUCCAUAUUCAUAAUAAUGAAUAACUAAAAAACUCAAGUGUCACUAGUACAAUUUGCUAGUUAUUUAGCUUGAGGCUUUUUUUUUCUAUUAUGAGGUGUGAAUAUGUCUUCGUCAUUUUCCUAUUUUCUUCUUCCUUUUCCGCUAAACAGAUUGCACGCAUUGUAAACCUGUAUAGCUUAUAUGGAAGUUUUUUUUUUCUCCAUGUGUGUUUUGAACGAGAAAUAUAUUCUGACACAACAAAAAAUAAUGAUAAUAGAGCAAAGUCUGCGACGUACAUAUAUAUAUAUAUAUAUAUGGUAUCUGUCGUCGCUCUAUCUCAUCAGGCUUUGAUGCAUCGAGAGAAGAAAAAGCAGAGGCGCGAAUAACGAAGAAGGGACAAAUCUGUCUUGGGUUUUUUUUUCCUUUCUUCUUUUUUUUUCUCCUUUCCUGAACGACGAUAGAAAGAGACAUUUCUUUUUGCUUUCCCUAUUGAAUGCUACUACUUGAAUUGUCUUCUUUCUAUUCAUCUAUCUAUCUGUCGAUCUGUCGGCAAAGUAUAGAGAAAGCGAGCGAACAAAACAUUCUAUUCCUGUUUCUGUU